AUGGAGAAAUCUCGAAGUAUGCUACACUACAAGGGCGUUUCAAUGGAGUGGUGGGCUGAAGCAGUCAAUACUGCGGUAUAUCUGAACAACCGUUCCACGAACACGCAAAACACAACUGUGACACCGUUUGAGCUAUGUUUCAAAGUGAAACCUACGCUAGAUCACCUGCGCGUAUUUGGUUCUCGCGGCUACGCCCAUAUAGACAAGGCAAAGAGGACAAAGCUUGAACCUAAGAGCUUUAGGUGUCUGCUGCUUGGAUACACAGAAAACGUCAAGGGUUACCGUGUCUAUGACUUGGACGCUUCCAAGAUCAAAGUGUGUCGCUCAGUAAAGCUGGACGAGCGUGAGGUGGGUGGUAUUUACGAUACACUACCUGCUCAGAUCGAAACAGUUAUUCAUGUUAGCACAGACGCCGAUGAUGAAGUCACGCUCGCACCAGUGGAACUUCAACCCGUCGAAGCGGAACCCAUGGAAGGCGUUGAGAACGACGCACCGGAUGUAGAGAUGGAGAGCAUGCAACCGAUACAGGACGCUAUACCGCCGCUGCUGAUGCCACAAGAACGGUCAGCUCCCACUGGAUUUGAGUUGGAACCGUACCGUGGACAACCGACUAUCUUCGAGGACGAUCAAGUGGUGUUCCAUACCCCUAGAGACCGUUUUAGAAGUUCCCGGGAACCAGUCUUCCUUCUUGAAGAGGGAACGGACGCAGAGGAAGAACGGAAGUCGGAAGGAAGAGAUGGACCGUCCUAUCCGAAGCGUGCCAGGAUCGAUGAAGACGGCCUUAUUGCUGAAGCCGUCCUCGCGUACGCAGCAAGCAUUGACACAGUGGAUCUUCCUACAACAUACGCUCAGAACUAUGUGUGCCAGCUGAACAAGGCCAUUUAUGGAUUGAAGCAAGCUGCAAGUGCCUGGAACAAGACCAUUCAUCGUGUAUUUCUCGACUACGGUUUCAAAAGCUGUGGUGCGGACCAAUGCGUCUAUGUCAAGCGCUCCAAGAACAGUUUUAUUUACGUCUGCCAUUACGUCGAUGAUAUGAUCAUUGCGGCAAAGACUAGUGAUAAAAUUGAUGACGUGAUAAACGCACUCAAAAAUGCCUUCAAGAUGAAAGAGCUUGGACCGGCGAAGUUUAUUCUGGGAAUGGAGAUCGACCAUGACAUGACUUCUGGAACGCUUAUGAUCAAUCAAACGCGAUACAUCGAUGAUGUGGCGAACCGGUUUUGGGCAAGAAAACGCUAG